AUCGAGCAGAACCUUGGUACAUUUUUUAUUUUUUAUUCUCUGGGAUUCUCUCUCUCUCAAUCUCUCUCUCUCUUCUUAUUCCCUCAAUCCUAAUUCAUUGGUCACUGACCUUUUAUAAACACUUGUUUUUUCUUUCCAUUUCUCUGGUCGACCUACUUUUUCUGUUCUAUUUCAUCUCUGCUUCUAUUUUCAAGACGGGUCUAGCCAGUUUAUCAUGCUUCAUGUUCAAGAAUCCAUUCCGCACAGUGGAAGUUUUAUGCUGUCGCCUCUCCUGGCCCCAUCACCCGUGGUGCAUCCUCAGCCCUCCCUUUCGACCUCAUCACGAUCCACACGAGUCAUUGAACAGUUGCAAGCGACCUUGGACAGUAUUCAGAAGGAAGUCAUGGCCACUAAAUCACAACUUGAAACGAUACGACAGACCAAGCGUCAGUAUGAGCUCGAAGCACAGAGCUACAUUGAGUGUAAUGCGGAAUAUCGGAAAUCGAUUCAGGAAUUAAUGCACAUUUUGGAAACCAAGCAACAUCGGUUAAAUGAUACAAAGCGAUCGUCGACGGAUUUGGAAUCCAAAGUGAAGAAAUUCAAGGACGAAGCCCUUGCUUCUCGCAAGCAGCUGGAGGAUCUGCGUCGAAAAGAGCAAGUCCUGGAACGCGACCGUAAUGUGGCGGUGGCGGAACGGGACCUGGUAGUACGCCAGCAACAUGUCCUGAAGCAAUCCGUCGACAUGUUAAAAUCCCGCUUCGAUCGUGAAGUCGUGAGCUUGAAGCAAGAUUUAUCGCUCGUGCAUAUGCAAAUACAGACGAUGACGGAAAAAAGUCAAACCAUGGUGAAACUAAUGGAAACCAAGGUCAGUCAGCGAGCAUUGACCCGGCAACAACUCAUGACCCAACUUACCUUGGUACGACGGCAAAUGGAAAACAAUACGCAAACCUUCCUCGAUCGAAUUCGGGCCGAACUGCAAGCCCUUCUUGACGAUGUGGACCAAUCGACAAGGCAAACCGAUAAUUUCCAGUUUGCAGUGACCCGAUGCCGAGGUGAAGUCAAUGGCUUGAUCGCACGCAUCAAAGCUUACACCGCCGAAACCUCGGCAACCGAUUAAAAAAAGAGUUUCCAACAUCCCUUCACGCACUCGUACCCGCACUGUUUUUCUUUUCCUUAUUUUUGUUCAUAGUUGCACUUUUCUCUGAGUUUGCUUUUUCUUUUUGGAUUUUUAUUUUGUUGUUGUCUAGGCAACCAUGCACAGUCUUACACACCUUGUUUCUUUUCCC